AUGCGUUUAAGUGCAUUAUUAAUUCCAAUAUACGGAAUUGCAGCUGCAUGGGCUGUUUGCAACACAAAUACCACAAUUUGUGACACUGUCUGUACUUAUGCUGAUUCAGUUCUUACGAGUAAUAGUUUAUAUGUAGCCGCCUUUUUAAAUCUUGGGGAUCCAACAAUUACGUGCAGUGUAGAUACUUCUUCUGAUAAUGUAUCUACGAAGGGAACAACUGUUUCAGUUUUAUCGGCUUGCAUGUACUGUCUGGCAGCAUACCCGUCACUAAAAUCAAGUCACACAACAACUCAGGCAUGGCUAGACGAGUGUGAAAGCAAAAAUCUUGUUUCUGCAUCAACAACUGGUGACUGUGUUUGUGAAAUAGGAAGUAUUAGCAGUAAUAACUGUGAAGAUAUUUGCGGAACGGCUAGCACUUACGAUCCAACUUUACUAGGAGUUGUGGCAUGUGGUUUGGUUGAUAACGUGGUUCGAAGAAGCGUUGUUGGUUGCUUGCUUUGUGGAAAUAUUGGGUCUUCAGCAAGUUCGUCCUGUAGUGGAUUGAUAACAUGUCUACUGGGUGGAGUUCUAGCUCUUGUAUCUGGUUUGCUGGAUGUAAUUGGUACUUUGUUAAGUUCGGUACUAAACUUGGUUACAGGAUUAUUAGCAGAUUGUGAUUACGAAGAUACCAAUUUGUGUUCAUUGGAUACUUGUGACAUCUCAUCAUUAAACACUGAAUUGUGUACCUCCUAUUGUUCCAUUGCGGAAAAUAUGGCAGCAGAUUUGGCAUCAACAACAUGUGAUUCCUUGACUCUUAGUGAAAAGGAAAUUUUAGGAGGAUGUUUGAUGUGCGGUUCUAUCUUGGGUGAUUAUACAAAGCCUUUGACAUUACAAAACAGUAUAGUAGCCAUGGUAAACGGAGAUAGUUGCGUGACAGAAUUGCAAUCGGGAAUUUGUAACAAUGAUUUUAUAGAAUCAUUGUCUGAAUCUUCAGUAGAUGCGAUUUCAGAAUCUGCCGCCGACGCCGCUUCUGAGUCUGCCGCCGAUGCUGCUUCUGAGUCUGCUGCUGACGCUGCUUCUGAAUCUGCUGCUGACGCUGCUUCUGAAUCCGCUGCUGAUGCUGCUUCUGAAUCCGCUGCUGACGCUGCAUCUGAAUCCGCUGCUGACGAUGCAUCUGAGUCCGCAGCUGAUGCCGCUUCUGAAUCCGCUGCUGAUGCAGCAUCUGAGUCUGCCGCUGAUGCCGCUUCUGAGUCUGCCGCUGAUGCUGCUUCUGAGUCUGCGGCUGAUGCUGCUUCUGAGUCUGCCGCCGACGCCGCUUCUGAGUCUGCCGCCGAUGCUGCUUCUGAAUCCGCUGCUGACGCUGCUUCUGAAUCCGCUGCUUCUGAAUCCGCUGCUGAUGCUGCUUCUGAAUCCGCUGCUGACGCUGCAUCUGAAUCCGCUGCUGACGCUGCAUCUGAGUCCGCAGCUGAUGCCGCUUCUGAAUCCGCUGCUGAUGCAGCAUCUGAGUCUGCCGCUGAUGCCGCUUCUGAGUCUGCUGCUGAUGCUGCUUCUGAGUCUGCCGCUGAUGCUGCUUCUGAGUCUGCCGCUGACGCUGGUUCUGAGUCUGCUGCUGAUGCCGCCUCUGAGUCCGCAGCUGAUGCCGCUUCUGAAUCCGCUGCUAAUGCAGCAUCUGAGUCUGCCGCCGACGCUGCUUCUGAGUCUGCCGCCGACGCUGCUUCUGAGUCUGCUGCCGACGCUGCUUCUGAAUCUGCUGCUGACGCUGCUUCUGAAUCCGCAGCUGAUGCAGCAUCUGAGUCUGCCGCUGAUGCCGCUUCUGAGUCUGCCGCUGAUGCUGCUUCUGAGUCUGCGGCUGAUGCUGCUUCUGAGUCUGCCGCCGACGCCGCUUCUGAGUCUGCCGCCGAUGCUGCUUCUGAAUCCGCUGCUGAUGCUGCUUCUGAAUCCGCUGCUGAUGCUGCUUCUGAAUCCGCUGCUGAUGCUGCAUCUGAGUCUGCUGCCGAUGCGGCUUCUGAAUCCGCUGCUAAUGCAGCAUCUGAGUCUGCCGCCGACGCUGCUUCUGAGUCUGCCGCCGACGCUGCUUCUGAGUCUGCUGCCGACGCUGCUUCUGAAUCUGCUGCUGACGCUGCUUCUGAAUCCGCAGCCGACGCUGCUUCUGAGUCUGCCGCCGACGCUGCUUCUGAAUCCGCUGCUGAUGCAGCAUCUGAGUCUGCCGCUGAUGCCGCUUCUGAGUCUGCCGCUGAUGCUGCUUCUGAGUCCGCAGCUGAUGCCGCUUCUGAGUCUGCCGCUGAUGCUGCUUCUGAGUCUGCGGCUAAUGCUGCUUCUGAGUCUGCCGCCGACGCCGCUUCUGAGUCUGCCGCCGAUGCUGCUUCUGAAUCCGCUGCUGACGCUGCUUCUGAAUCCGCUGCUUCUGAAUCCGCUGCUGAUGCUGCUUCUGAAUCCGCUGCUGACGCUGCAUCUGAAUCCGCUGCUGACGCUGCAUCUGAGUCCGCAGCUGAUGCCGCUUCUGAAUCCGCUGCUGAUGCAGCAUCUGAGUCUGCCGCUGAUGCCGCUUCUGAGUCUGCUGCUGAUGCUGCUUCUGAGUCUGCCGCUGAUGCUGCUUCUGAGUCUGCCGCUGACGCUGGUUCUGAAUCCGCUGCCGAUGCCGCUUCUGAAUCCGCUGCUGAUGCUGCUUCUGAAUCCGCUGCUGAUGCUGCUUCUGAAUCCGCUGCUGAUGCUGCUUCUGAGUCUGCCGCUGACGCUGCUUCUGAGUCUGCUGCUGAUGCCGCCUCUGAGUCCGCAGCUGAUGCCGCUUCUGAGUCUGCCGCUGACGCCGCUUCUGAGUCUGCCGCCGAUGCUGCUUCUGAAUCCGCUGCUGAUGCUGCUUCUGAAUCCGCUGCUGACGCUGCUUCUGAGUCUGCUGCUGUCGCUGCUUCUGAAUCUGCCGCUGACGCUUCUUCUGAAUCGAUUGACUACUCCGUUUCUGAAUCCGCUGCUGAUGCUGCAUCUGAGUCUGCCGCCGACGCUGCUUCUGAGUCUGCUGCCGAUGCUGCAUCUGAGUCUGCCGCCGACGCUGCUUCUGAAUCCGCUGCUGAUGCAGCAUCUGAGUCUGCCGCUGAUGCCGCUUCUGAGUCUGCCGCUGAUGCUGCUUCUGAGUCCGCAGCUGACGCUGCAUCUGAGUCUGCCGCUGACGCUGCAUCUGAGUCUGCUGCUGAUGCUGCUUCUGAGUCUGCCGCCGACGCUGCUUCUGAAUCCGCUGCUGAUGCAGCAUCUGAGUCUGCCGCUGAUGCCGCUUCUGAGUCUGCCGCUGAUGCUGCUUCUGAGUCCGCAGCUGAUGCCGCUUCUGAGUCUGCCGCUGACGCUGCUUCUGAGUCUGCCGCCGACGCUGCUUCUGAGUCUGCCGCCGACGCUGCUUCUGAAUCUGCCGCUGACGCUUCUUCUGAAUCGAUUGACGACUCCGUUUCAGAAUCCGCUGCUGACGCUGCUUCUGAAUCCGCUGCCGAUGCUGCUUCUGAAUCCGCUGCUGAUGCUGCUUCUGAGUCUGCUGCCGGUGCUGCAUCUGAGUCUGCCGCCGACGCUGCUUCUGAGUCUGCUGCUGACGCUGCAUCUGAAUCCGCUGCUGACGCUGCUUCUGAAUCCGCUGCUGAUGCUGCUUCUGAGUCUGCUGCUGAUGCCGCCUCUGAGUCUGCCGCCGACGCUGCUUCUGAGUCUGCCGCUGACGCUGCAUCUGAGUCUGCCGCUGACGCUGCAUCUGAGUCUGCUGCUGAUGCUGCUUCUGAGUCUGCCGCUGACGCUGCUUCUGAGUCUGCUGCUGAUGCCGCUUCUGAAUCCGCUGCUGAUGCUGCUUCCGAGUCUGCCGCCGACGCUGCUUCGGAAUCUGCUGCUGACGCUGCAUCUGAGUCUGCUGCUGAUGCCGCUUCUGAGUCUGCAGCUGAUGCUGCUUCUGAAUCUGCCGCUGACGCUUCUUCUGAAUCGAUUGACGACUCCGUUUCAGAAUCCGCUGCUGACGCUGCUUCUGAAUCCGCUGCCGAUGCUGCUUCUGAAUCCGCUGCUGAUGCUGCUUCUGAGUCUGCUGCCGGUGCUGCAUCUGAGUCUGCCGCCGACGCUGCUUCUGAAUCCGCUGCCGAUGCCGCUUCUGAAUCCGCUGCUGAUGCUGCUUCUGAAUCCGCUGCUGAUGCUGCUUCUGAAUCCGCUGCUGAUGCUGCUUCUGAGUCUGCUGCUGAUGCCGCCUCUGAGUCUGCCGCCGACGCUGCUUCUGAGUCUGCCGCUGACGCUGCAUCUGAGUCUGCUGCUGAUGCCGCUUCUGAGUCUGCCGCCGACGCUGCUUCUGAAUCUGCUGCUGAUGCUGCUUCUGAAUCCGCUGCUGAUGCUGCUUCUGAGUCUGCUGCUGACGCUGCAUCUGAGUCUGCUGCUGAUGCUGCCUCUGAGUCUGCUGCUGAUGCCGCCUCUGAGUCUGCCGCCGACGCUGCUUCUGAGUCUGCUGCUGAUGCCGCUUCUGAAUCCGCUGCUGAUGCUGCUUCCGAGUCUGCCGCCGACGCUGCUUCGGAAUCUGCUGCUGACGCUGCAUCUGAGUCUGCUGCUGAUGCCGCUUCUGAGUCUGCCGCCGACGCUGCUUCUGAAUCUGCUGCUGAUGCUGCUUCUGAGUCUGCCGCUGACGCUGCUUCUGAGUCUGCUGCUGAUGCUGCUUCUGAAUCUGCCGCUGACGCUUCUUCUGAAUCGAUUGACGACUCCGUUUCAGAAUCCGCUGCUGACGCUGCUUCUGAAUCCGCUGCCGAUGCUGCUUCUGAGUCUGCUGCCGAUGCUGCAUCUGAGUCUGCCGCCGACGCUGCUUCUGAGUCUGCUGCUGACGCUGCAUCUGAAUCCGCUGCUGACGCUGCUUCUGAAUCCGCUGCUGAUGCUGCUUCUGAAUCCGCUGCUGAUGCUGCUUCUGAGUCUGCUGCUGAUGCCGCUUCUGAGUCUGCCGCCGACGCUGCUUCUGAGUCUGCCGCUGACGCUGCAUCAGAGUCUGCCGCUGACGCUGCAUCAGAGUCUGCUGCUGAUGCCGCUUCUGAGUCUGCCGCCGACGCUGCUUCUGAAUCUGCUGCUGAUGCUGCUUCUGAAUCCGCUGCUGAUGCUGCUUCUGAGUCUGCUGCUGACGCUGCAUCUGAGUCUGCUGCUGAUGCUGCCUCUGAGUCUGCCGCUGACGCUGCUUCUGAGUCUGCUGCUGAUGCUGCUUCUGAAUCUGCCGCUGACGCUUCUUCUGAAUCGAUUGACGACUCCGUUUCAGAAUCCGCUGCUGACGCUGCUUCUGAAUCCGCUGCCGAUGCUGCUUCUGAGUCUGCUGCCGAUGCUGCUUCUGAGUCUGCUGCUGACGCCGCUUCUGAGUCUGCCGCCGACGCUGCUUCUGAAUCUGCUGCUGACGCUGCUUCUGAGUCUGCUGCUGACGCUGCAUCUGAGUCUGCUGCCGACGCUGCUUCUGAGUCUGCCGCUGAUGCCGCCUCUGAGUCCGCAGCUGAUGCCGCUUCUGAGUCUGCCGCUGACGCCGCUUCUGAGUCUGCCGCUGACGCUGCUUCUGAGUCUGCCGCCGACGCUGCUUCUGAGUCUGCCGCCGAUGCUGCUUCUGAAUCCGCUGCCAAUGCUGCUUCUGAGUCUGCUGCCGAUGCUGCAUCUGAGUCUGCUGCUGACGGUGCAUCUGAGUCUGCUGCUGAUGCUGCUUCUGAGUCUGCCGCUGACGCUGCUUCUGAGUCUGCUGCUGAUGCCGCCUCUGAGUCCGCAGCUGAUGCCGCUUCUGAGUCUGCCGCUGACGCCGCUUCUGAGUCUGCCGCCGACGCUGCUUCUGAGUCUGCCGCCGACGCUGCUUCUGAAUCCGCUGCUGAUGCUGCUUCUGAAUCCGCUGCUUCAGAAUCCGCUGCUGAUGCUGCUUCAGAAUCCGCCGCCGAUGCUGCUUCUGAAUCCGCUGCUGAUGCUGCAUCUGAGUCUGCCGCCGACGCUGCUUCUGAGUCUGCCGCCGACGCUGCUUCUGAAUCCGCUGCCAAUGCUGCUUCUGAGUCUGCUGCUGAUGCUGCUUCUGAGUCUGCCGCUGACGCUGCUUCUGAGUCUGCUGCUGAUGCCGCCUCUGAGUCCGCAGCUGAUGCCGCUUCUGAGUCUGCCGCUGACGCCGCUUCUGAAUCUGCCGCUGAUGCUGCUUCUGAGUCUGCGGCUGAUGCUGCUUCUGAGUCUGCCGCCGACGCCGCUUCUGAGUCUGCCGCCGAUGCUGCUUCUGAAUCCGCUGCUGAUGCUGCUUCUGAAUCCGCUGCUGACGCUGCUUCUGAGUCUGCUGCUGUCGCUGCUUCUGAAUCUGCCGCUGACGCUUCUUCUGAAUCGAUUGACUACUCCGUUUCUGAAUCCGCUGCUGAUGCUGCAUCUGAGUCUGCCGCCGACGCUGCUUCUGAGUCUGCCGCCGACGCUGCUUCUGAAUCCGCUGCUGACGCUGCAUCUGAAUCCGCUGCUGAUGCUGCAUCUGAGUCUGCUGCCGAUGCGGCUUCUGAAUCCGCUGCUGAUGCUGCUUCUGAAUCCGCUGCUGAUGCUGCUUCUGAAUCCGCUGCUGAUGCUGCUUCUGAGUCUGCUGCUAAUGCAGCAUCUGAGUCUGCCGCCGACGCUGCUUCUGAGUCUGCCGCCGACGCUGCAUCUGAGUCUGCCGCCGACGCUGCUUCUGAAUCCGCUGCUGAUGCAGCAUCUGAGUCUGCCGCUGAUGCCGCUUCUGAGUCUGCCGCUGAUGCUGCUUCUGAGUCCGCAGCUGACGCUGCAUCUGAGUCUGCCGCUGACGCUGCAUCUGAGUCUGCUGCCGAUGCGGCUUCUGAGUCUGCUGCUGACGCUGCUUCUGAGUCCGCAGCUGAUGCCGCUUCUGAAUCCGCUGCUGACGCUGCUUCUGAGUCUGCCGCUGAUGCUGCUUCUGAGUCUGCCGCUGACGCUGCUUCUGAGUCUGCUGCUGAUGCCGCCUCUGAGUCCGCAGCUGAUGCCGCUUCUGAAUCCGCUGCAGACGCCGCUUCUGAAUCCGCUGCUGAUGCAGCAUCUGAGUCUGUCGUCGACGCUGCUUCUGAGUCUGCUGCUGACGCUGCUUCUGAAUCCGCUGCUGACGCUGCUUCUGAAUCCGUACCUGAUGCCGCUUCUGAGUCUGCUGCCUAUGCUGCAUCUGAAUCCGCUGCCGAUGCCGCUUCUGAAUCCGCUGCUGAUGCUGCUUCUGAAUCCGCUGCUGAUGCUGCUUCUGAAUCCGCUGCUGAUGCUGCUUCUGAGUCUGCUGCUGACGCUGCCUCUGAAUCUGGUGCUAACAGUCCCUCUGAGUCUGCUGCUGAUGCCGCUUCUGAGUCUGCUGCUGAUGCUGCUUCUGAAUCUGCUGCCGACGCUGCUUCUGAAUCCGCCGCCGACGCUGCUUCUGAGUCUGCCGCUGACGCUGCUUCUGAAUCUGGUGCUAACAGUCUCUCUGAGUCUGCUGCUGACGCUGCAUCUGAGUCUGCUGCUGACGCCGCUUCUGAGUCUGCCGCUGACGCUGCUUCUGAGUCUGCUGCUGACGCUGCAUCUGAAUCGGCUGCUGAUGCCGCUUCUGAAUCGGCUGCCGACGCUUCUUCUGUUUAUUCUGCAACUUCCGAAGCUAUUACUUCGCUUUAUUCCUCGUCUGAAUCUUUCGAAGUUCCCAUUUCUUCUGAUGCCUCAUUCUACUGUAUUUUACCAAUGAAGCGUGAUGCUUCAUUUGAUUCUUGUGUUACAGCUUGUGGUGUCGUUUCUGAAACUGUUUCUUCGCACGGUGAUACUUGUUCCAUUUUAUCCUCUGUCAUUGAAGCUUACUCAGUUUGUUAUCAAUGCUUGUCUGUUUAUCAAUCUGGCCUUGAACUCUCUCAGUCAACUAUUAAUUCCUUUGAAGCUUGUGAUCUCGAGGUUAUUGUUUGGUGUCCUGUUGAUUCCACUGAGUCGUCUGGUUCUCUUACUCUGCCUAUUGAAACUGAGUCAUCCAAUGUUUUCGUAUCUGAAUCUACAUCUCAGGCCGCUUCUGACUCUGCUGCUUAUGCUUCAGAAUCAUCUUCUACCUUUACUUCUGAUGCUACUAGUACUUCAGUAUUCCUUUCCAGUUUGGAAACUGAAUCUCCUACAGAGUCUUUUGAUGAGUCUGAUACUGAUACAUCUAUUGUAUCUUCCUAUAUUUCCUCUGUUUACAUUCCCACCACAAAACCCUCCUGGAAUUCUACUUUUACUCGUUCUGCUUCCGACUCGUCUACAUUUAAUCCUAAAACAUCUCAAGCUGAGGCGUCAUCUGUUAACGCCCAGACUUCUUUUGUCAACACUGAGACUUCUACUAUCAAUUCGCUCUCAUCAUCUGCCACAAAUGCAGUCUCGGCAUCUGAUUCUGGUUCAAUUGUUGUCACGACGACUUCUUCCUUUACAACUUACACCACUGUUAUUGGUGAUCAAACCCUCACUGUCACACUUCCCUGCGACACUAGUUCUGCUGUUAUCACGGAAACACAAUUUUCUACUUAUACAACUGUGAUUGAUGGAACUACUACUACAGUGACCGAGUCUUGUGAAUCUUGCCAACAUACGUCCGGUCAUGAUGUUAUUUCUACAAAUACUGUUUACACCACAUAUACCACAGUUAGUGGAGAUAUUACUUACACAGUUACUGAACCCUGUGAAACAAUUUCACCAUUGCUAUCAUCUGGUACUGUUUCAAUUUCCGCUCCCUCUAUUGAGACUGGUUCAACUUCGGAGUUCAGCUCUUCAACUAUUUCCUCCACCAGUUCUGCAUCUGCUUCAGUUUCCGGCACUGCCUCUGUUACAGUUAAGCCUUCACUUUCUAGUUUCCAAUCUGUUUCUGAAUUCACUUCUGUUUCUGCUACAGCUCCUGGUACUAAACUAUCAUUUUUGGGUACUGGUUCUACUUCUGGAAUUGUUUCAUCUUCUGCUCCAGUUUCAGUUUCAUCAUCUGUUACCUCAGAAACUACUGAGGUUUCAACACGCUUCAUUACAUUUACUUCAGUUAAAAGCGAGAUGUCAUCUUUCUCAAGAGCCGUUGAAUCAACUUCUGCUUCUAAUUCUUUUAUUACAACCUCUUCGGCCGGCACACCUUCUGUUCCCUUGGAAACUGUUUCUAGUAUUUCUGAAGGUUCUGAAUCUUCGGGCUCUCCUUCGAACUCUAAUGGUGUUCUGGCCACCAGCUCUGUUCCAAGUGCAAGCCUUGAGUCCACUUCUAGCUCUUCUCCUACUUAUUCUUCUAAUCCAGUGGUUGAAUCUGAAACUACUAACUCUGCUAUCAUUGGUACCCCAUCUGAGUCCGCCUCUGAACAAAGUUCUUCAAGCUACACCACAGUUACCUUUGUUACUGAGGGUGUGACGCACUCUUUCAUUGAAAGCACCCAACCUACCACUUCCAUUUCUGUUUCAUCUUCCCUAAUCUCUUCUGAAUCAACUUACUCAAGUUCCCCUGUUGAGUUUGUGAGUAGUAAGGGCACCGGCAGUGUUCCGUCUGCUUCUACUUCAGCUCCCGCACAGUAUACUGGCUCUGUUGUUCCUCCUUCAUCAAGCGGUACUGGUAUUGAACAGGUCAAUGCUGCCCAUUCAAUUGCACCUAGACAUGGUGCCAUUGUCCUUGCUACGAUUUUACUUUUUGCUAUGAUGUGA